AGAAUCAGAGGAGGGCAUUUGGAGAGGAAGGCAACAGCGCCCCCGGCGGCCGCGCGGCGCCGCUGCAGGCUGGAAGGGAGCGGUGAGCGUCCGGUUCGGGCAGCCGCUGCUCUUCCCUGCUCCGCCCGCCUCCGUUCCCGGACGCUCGCCUCCUUCUCCUGCUUCUCCUCCUUCUUCUCCUCGGGAGUGAAGCGGCCGCCUCGCCGCCCCAUGGAGGCCCGCCCCGGAGGGAGCCCGUCCGCCAAGCGCCCCCGAGGCUCAAUGGCUAUGAAGAAGACACAUACAUCUCAAAUAGAAGUGAUCCCCUGCAAGAUCUGUGGAGACAAGUCAUCUGGGAUCCACUAUGGGGUGAUCACUUGCGAAGGCUGUAAGGGCUUCUUCCGGCGGAGCCAGCAAGGGAACGUGACGUACUCCUGCACCCGGCAGCAGAACUGCCAAAUCGACCGUACCAGUCGCAACAGGUGUCAGCACUGCCGUUUGCAGAAAUGCCUCAGCCUCGGCAUGUCCCGGGACGCUGUCAAAUUUGGCCGGAUGUCCAAGAAGCAACGGGACAGCCUCCAUGCCGAAGUUCAGAAGCAACUGCAGCAACAGCAACAAGGAGGAGAGGCUUCCUCCUACUCCUUGGGGGUGGCCAAUGGUCAACUCAAGCUGGCCCCUUCGCCAGACCUCUUGGAGGCCUCCUCCUGCUCCGCGGCCCUCCUCAAUGGCCAGGCCCGCCUCGGCCAGUCGCCGGAUGAGGCCUACUCCAACGGACUCACCAAAGCUCAGGGUCUCCUGGGGGAAGACCUCCGGACCCCCUUCGCCAAGGGAUACAGCCCCGAACGCAUCAAGAUGGAGGGCAGGGGGAGCGCCUACUACGCCCUGGAGGCCCAGACGUCGCCCGAGGUCUUGAACCCGGAGGUCACUGGGAUGAAGCAGAUGGUGGGGAAUGACGUUGGGGACGGAAACCUCGACUUCUACACCACCCCAAACUUCACCAGCUUGUUGGAGUCGCCCAAUUCGUCCCUGAUGGAGAUUGAGCAGCUCACGCAAAACGUCCUCAAAUCCUAUCGGGAGACCUGUCAGCUACGUUUGGAGGAACUCCAUCUCCGGAGAUGGGAGACCUUCACUAGAGAAGAAGUUGGGAGCUACCAGAAAAAGACUAUGGAGGAGAUGUGGGAGCGCUGCGCCUGCCGCGUCACGGAAGCCAUCCAGUACGUGGUGGAGUUUGCCAAGCGCAUGGCCGGCUUCAUGGAUCUGUGCCAAAAUGACCAGAUUGUGCUGCUCAAAGCAGGUGCCAUGGAAGUGGUUCUGGUGAGGAUGUGCCGUGCCUUCAAUUCUGAGAACCGGACCGUCUUCUUUGAAGGGAAAUAUGCCGGACCGGAGCUCUUCAAAUCCCUCGGAUGCAACGAACUCAUCAACUCCAUCUUUGACUUUGCCCACAGUCUGUGUUCCCUUCACUUCUCCGAGAAUGAAAUCGCCCUCUUCACGGCAUUAGUACUUAUUAAUUCAAAUCGUCCCUGGUUGCAGGAGAAAAGCAAAGUGGAACGGCUGCAGAACAACUUGGAACUGGCCUUCAAGCACAUGUUACGGAAAAACCACCGAGAAGGCAUCUUGGCUAAGCUGCCUCCAAAAGGAAAACUCCGGAGCCUCUGCUACCAGCACAUGGAGAAGCUACGUUCCUUUCGUCAGAUGUUUCCCAUCAUUGUCCAUGCUGUUUUUCCACCAUUGUACAAAGAGCUCUUCAGCUCAGACUGUGAUCCACUGCCAGGAACAGCUGGGGAAUAAUCCCCCUGAAAAUAAAGGACACCUAGAUGAGGUGAGGAAGACGGCAUGCCUUUCAUGCCUUUUUCCAGGGCCCACCCUGGAGUGGGAAGGCUGGAGAACAUCAAGGCUGGUGACUAUCAAAGUUGGAGAACAUCAAAGUUGAAGAACAUGAAGGUUGGAAAAUAUCAAAGUUGGAGAAAAUCAAGGCUGGAAAACAUCAAGGUUAGAGGACAUCAAGGCUGGAGAACAUCAAAGUUAGAGAACAUCAAUGCUGGAGAACAUCAAGGUUGGAGAAGAUCAAGGCUGAAGAACAUCAAAGAGAGCAUCAAAGUUAGAUAACAUCAAGGUUGGAGAACAUCAAAGUUGGAGAGCAUCAAGGUUGGAGAACAUCAAAGUUAGAUAACAUCAAGGUUGGAGAAGAAAGUUGAAGAGCAUCAAGGUUGGAGAGCAUCAAAGUUGGAGAGCAUCAAGGUUGGAGAACAUCAAGGCUGGAGAACAUCUAGACCAAACGCAAUGAAUCUCAACCUUAAGGAUCAGAUAAGCAGAGCAAGGAUGCCUGGGGGGGGGAUUUAUAUAUACAGUAGAGUCUCACUUAUCCAACAUAAACAGGCCGGCAGAAUGUUGGAUAAGCGAAUAUGUUGGAUAAUAAGGAGGGAUUAAGGAAAAGCCUAUUAAACAUCAAAUUAGGUUAUGAUUUUACAAAUUAAGCACCAAAACUUCAUGUUAUACAACAAAUUUGACAGAAAAAGUAGUUCAAUACGCAGUAAUGUUAUGUUGUAAUUACUGUAUUUACGAAUUUAGCACCAAAAUAUCACGAUGUAUUGAAAACAUUGACGACAAAAAUGGCUUGGAUUAUCCAGAAGCUUGGAUUAGUGAGACUCUACUGUAUUUCUUUGAUAAGCAGCCAUAAAACAUGGCAUAUGGUGCUCUCCUUCUCUGGCACCAUUGAGUCGACAAGUUAAGUGACCAUGUUCGAUGUGCUCCAGGCUUUCCCUCUGAGAUUCGCCGUCAUUAUAGCAUAAAAGUAUUAAUGUACAGGAAGUUCUUGCGAAGAUUUUGGUCCCGUCAGUGAGCAGUGUUUGCUACCUGCAGUUCGAAACCACGACCGGUCGGGUUGAAAAUGGAAAAAAUACCUCAUUUUUUUUUGCUAAUGGAGACGAGACUCAGCUCGAGGCUGGGUUUUUGUGUUUAUGUUUCCUCGAAGCAAAGUUUUCAAGAAAUAAUAUAUAUAUAUUGUGGACAAAUGUGGUUCUAUAAGAUAGAUCUCUAUUUUCCAGUGUUUGUUUACUUCUGUGUCUGAUAACAAAAGAGUUGCUAUCUGUCUGUCCUCCUUUUCUUUUCCCUUCCUCUGAUAUUUUUGUACUAGAUUCCAAAAACCAGCAACAGAAGCCCAAAUCCCAAUCCUGCAGCUGCUUUGCGUUGUGUAAGAAGAGGUUCAUCUACACUGUAUAAUUAAUGUAGUUUGACACCACUUUGGCUUGGAUCAGUGCGAGUUGUAGUUUCAAACUACAAAUCCCACAUGUCAAACUCAGUGUAGACGCACCCAAGAAUGCAAACAUUAUGUAUCCAAAACAAUUACCGUAUAAUUAUUCUUUGUGUGGGAAUCUUUUCUCAUGUUUUUCCUUUAAUUAGACAAGACUCACGAGAUUGGCCCAUGUGGAAUGGUUAUAAUUCGCAAACACAUGUUCAUUGAUAUCAUAUGCAGGAACAUUUGUAUAUCAUCCGCAGAAAAGUUAAUGUCAUUCUGUUUAUAUGAAUCCUAAUUGCCUAACCUUUUCUGCCAGCAGUGGAAGCAUCAGUCCAACUUCUAUAAGGGAAAGGAAAGGUCAAGGAGAAAAGCUAUAGUUUGAGAGACGAGUGGAAGGACAACGUAGCUUGACAAAAUAGGACAGCGGGAGAGCCAGGUAUCCCAAGCGAAAUGGGACUAACUGAAGAGAUUGUCCAAAUCGAUAUGUUACUCUAUUGUUUUUCCACGAAGCCACUCUUAUGUUCCUGCCUCCGCCCAGAGAGCGAGGACAUCGAUAUACGCACUGACAACUUGCAUCAAUCUUAUACCAGGAUGAUGGGAGUUGUAGCUGGAGAUGAGAACUGUUUGGCAAUAUAUUGCAUAUAUCUUGGAGAACAUCAAGGUUGGAGAACAUCAAAGUUGGGGAACAUCAAGGUUGAAGAACAUCAAAGUUGGAGAACAAGGUUGGGGAACAUCAAGUUUGAAGAACAUCAAGUUUGAAGAACAUCAAGGUUGAAGAACAUCAAAGUUGGAGAACAUCAAAGUUGGGGAACAUGAAGGUUGGAGAACAUCAAGGUUGGGGAUCAGGUGUAAAGCUCCUAGGCAGCGCAAACACUGGGAACCAACACGGAGGCCAAUAAACAAUCUAAUAUCUUUAUUAAAGCAAUAAAAGUUUCAAACAGGAACAAGCAGAAUAGAUAGUCAAGCAGUUGACCUUUUAGGAAAGAUCAAAGUUAGUCCAAAAAAUGAAAGUCUUAUGUCCAAUAUUAGAGUCCAAAGUCCAAAAUCCAAUAACCGAAACACACUCAAACUUAAUGGAAGUUUGAAUGGGGAAAGAAGCAUAAUUCCUCAGGAAAACAUUUGAAGUAAUAGUCCAGAGCAAAGUUUCAACGCAAGGCUAAGGCUGUUCGUGAUGGAUCUGAAACACAGUCCAAACUUGACAAGGGACUACUCGAGAAUAAGCGCGCCAGCAGGCCGCUUGGAAGCUCAGGAUCAAGAGACGAUGUAUUCUUCCAUCAGAAGUUCAGUUGACACUGCAACAGAGAUUCUCUGAGCAGAACUUUUAUUGAUGUCCAAGAGCUCCCCCAAGCAGGUGCUUGACUCCCCAAAUCUUCCCAAGAGAAACGAGCUGCUAACAACGAGGCGCCAGAUGCCUGCCUCCCCAAUUCUUCCCAAGAGAACUGGCUUAGCCACAAUCGCCUCGCUCUGCUAAUCUCACACUUCUCUUUAAACUUUGUCUUUGAGAGCGAUUUGUUUUGAAAGUAGCCCUUCUAUCAAACUCCAAACUCUCCGGAGAUCCGGGAAGAGCCGGCAACAUCUCAAGGGCAUUCCUAAUUGGUUCUGGCACGGCAAUGUCAAAAGGAGACAUCUGGAAAGGGAUUGAAUUUUGCUGCGGUGGGAAAAAACCCAAAUCCUCUUCAGUUUGAUCAGCGAUGGCUGCGGGAUGAGGGGCCAAAGGUGCCUGAGACAUCACAUCAAGGUUGAAGAACAUCAAAAUUGGAGAAUAUCAAGGUUGGAGAACAUCAAAGUUGGGGAACAUCAAGGUUGAAGAACAUCAAGGUUGGAUAAUAUCAAGGUUGAAGAACAUCAAAGUUGGGGAACAUCACGGUUGAAGAACAUCAAGGUUGAAGAAUAUCAAGGUUGAAGAACAUCAAGAUUGUGGAACAUCAAGUCUGAAGAACAUCAAAGUUGGGGAACAUCAAGGUUGAAGAACAUCAAGGUUGGGGAACAUCAACAUUUGAGAAUAUCAAGGUUGGGGAACAUCAAGGUUGAGGAACAUCAAGGUUGGAGAGCAUCAAGGUUGGAGAACAUCAAGACCAAACACAAUGAAUCUCACCCUUAAGGAUCAGACAUAUUGGUUUCAGUAUUGAACAUUCAAUCAUCAUCAAUGGACAUCUUGGAUUUCCAAAUAGUGCUUGGCUUCGUUCUGUUACAGCAGACCUCAACUUGGGUUGUAUCCACAAUUCCAUUUGAUGCCACCAACUGCCAUGGCUCAGUGCUAUGGAAUUGUGUGAGUUGUAGUUUUACAAGGAACCAAAGUACAACUCCCACAACUCAACAGAAUUGGGCUAGAGCAGAUAUAAGUCUACAACGUAAAUGCAUCCUAAGUUGAAGAAGUGCACAGAUUGAUGCUUCAUGUUUUUUCUGGUGCUAAUGGUAGGAACAUUCUGGGGGCGGAGCUUGAAUCUCAUAGAUUAGGGUGGAGCUUGAAUCUCGUAAAGAAGGGGUGGAGCUUGGCUCUCAUAGAUUGGGGCGGAGCUUGAAUCUUAUCGAUUAGGAGCUGAGCUCAAAUAUCGCAGAUUGGGGCGGAGCUUAAAUCUCGUAGAUUGCAGCUGAUCUUAAAUCUCGUAGAUUGUGAUGGAGCUUGAAUCUCGUAGAUUGCGGCUGAUCGUAAAUCUCGUAGAUUGGGAAGGAGUUUAGUCUCCUAAAUUGGAGUGGAUCUCGAAUCUUGUAGUUUGGGGAGGAGCUUGAAUCUCAUAAAUAAGGGGCGGAGCUUUAGUCUUGUUUAUUAGGGCGGAGCUUGAAUGUUGUAGAUUGCGGCGGAGCUUAAUCUCGUAAAUUGGGGCGGAUCUCAGAUCUUGUAGCUUGGGGAGGAGCUUGAAUCUCGUCAAUAAGAGGAGGAGCUUGGAUCUCAUCAAUAAGAGGAGGAGCUUAAAUCUCGUAAAUAAGAGACGGAGCUUGAAUCUCGUAAACAAGGGGUGGAGCUUGAAUCUCGUAAACAAGGGGCGGAGCUUGAAUCUCGUAAACAAGGGGUGGCGCUUGAAUCUCGUAAAAAGGGGCGGAGCUUGAAUCUCGUAAAUAAGGGGUGGAGCUUGAAUCUCAUAGCUUGGGGAGGGGCUUAAUCUCGUAAAUACAGGGCGGAGCUUUAAUCUUGUACACUGUGGGUGGAACUUGAAUAUUGUAAAUUGGGCGGAGCUUCAAUCCUGUCGAUUUGGGGGCGGGGCUAAAUAAAAAUCCCGAAAUUAUGGGUGGAGCCAGGCAGGAAAAUUGACACUUCUUUGUUUUCUUUGGUUAGCAUUUCUUCACCAAUUGGAGCACUCAAAUAUUUUAAGAAUAUUUAAGACAGUUGACGUUGUGUUUGCCUGAAACAGCCAAUCUAAUCAUUGAUAAGUUUGCAUUGGACACGUCGGAUCUCUAACUCCUCAGACUUGCUUUAUGUUGUAUGUCACAUUUGUUUUUCGCUGAUCCACAGGGCCAGAUCAUGUUGGACUGCAGUUCCCAUCAUCCUGAGUCAAGAGCUCCCGUGAUGCUGAGAAUUGCAGCCCAAUACUAUCUGGAACUCCCAUUUGAGAAGAAAGCAAUCCCAGUUCCUUCGUCCUCUUUGUUUGUUUGUCUUCUUUAUUGUUUGAAUCUGUUUGAAUUAUUUAAAUAGGUGGGGUUUGUUUUUUUUCCCGGUCGUGUAAAUACCUGUUUUGAAAUGUUUAAUUUUGGGGGGGCAAAAAUAAGACCUUUAGAGAAGUUAUUCUUAAGAGAGAAAUGUUUUAGGUUACUUUUUAAUUUAAUUAAAAUGACGAUACGUAUCAGGACAA